UAUAACUAUAGGUUUAUGCAAUUUUUAGCAAAAUGUUUGUCAAUUUUAACAACCUCGGUAUAUUUUGACUGCACGGAAACUGUAACAGCAAAACAACGACUGUUGGUUUUUUGUUUUAUAUACAAACUCGGAAUGGUAAAUAGCAGAAGUGGUAUUAUGAAUCUAAAGAUAAUAGAGAAGCUUUUAAGCCGCAUUAGAGAUGCAAAUAUUAAGUUUGUAAGAUUUGAAGUGGUGGACAUGUUUGGAAUUUCUCGGUUGAAGUUGAUUCCGGCCCGACAUUUCAAAUCAAAGGCAGAAAACGGCAUGAACUUUCACGUUAGUUAUUUAGGUUCCAAUUCUUUGGGAAAUAUGCUAACAGGUACUGGUUGUACUGAGGAAAUACACUACAGUGACGCAGUCAUGUUUCCUGUGUUGAAUACGUUCGAAGUUCUUCCUUGGUGGAACGACACAGCACGAAUCCUAAUUGAGCCGUCAUAUGACGGUAAUGAAGUUUCAUUUGCUCCACGAUUUCUUGCUAGGCAGCAACUGACAAAACUUAAGAAGAUGGGUUAUAGUCUGCUCUCAGCUCACGAGCAUGAGUUUUACGUCGUCAACAAAGAUACAAUGAAACCUCUUAUAAAUGAUUCAAAUAUUCGAUCAACUAUUCGAUUGUACGAAGGCGCUGGCUUCAUUCAUCAGCUUGGAGAAGAUUUGCCUAAAGUAGGAAUUGAUAUCGAAUGCAUGGAAACUGAAGCUGGACCUGGUCAGCAUGAAAUUUCGUACAAGCCAUCGUUUGGAAUCAAAGCAGCAGACACAGCCUUCACGUACAAAGGCGCAGUCAAAGAGAUCGCCAUGCAACACGGCUUAAUGGCUUCCUUUAUGAGCAAACCGUAUCCGGACAAAAAUGGAUCUUCAUGCCACUUUUGCCACUCUUUGUGGGAUGUGGAAGGUAAUAUUCCUCUUAUAUUUGAUGACGAUUCACCAGACAAACUAUCAAACGUUGCUAAAUAUUGGAUAGCUGCUAUACAUCAUGCACCAGCUCUUAGCCUGUUCAUGGGUCCUACAGUAAACCGUAGAAAGCGGUAUAAACCAUUUUCUUUUGCGCCAUCAAAUGCAACCUGGGGUUUUGACAACCGAACAUGCGCAGUUCGUGUGAAGAUCAAUAGUGAAUUUGGUUCUUAA